AUGUCUUCCUUGAGCAGCCUCACAACUUCAGCACUGCAUUACGUUUUAGUGGAUGCAAUAGGUGCAGCCGCAAGCACACAUGUAUCAAACGAGCUAGGAGCUGGAAACCCAAAGGCAGCUCGAGCAGCGGCUAAUGCUGCACUUUACCUUUGCGCUUUCGAUGCUUCUUUUGUGAGCAUCACUCUUCACAGCUAUCGAAAAUCUUGGGCGUAUAUCUUUAGCAAUGAGGAAGAAGUCGCUCACUAUGCAACAAAAAUUACAUUGAUUCUCUGCCUAUCAAUUUUUGUCAACAGCUUUACUGCCGUGCUCUCAGGGAUUGCGAGAGGAGUAGGGUGGCAGCAUAUAGCAGGAUAUGCAAGCAUAGGAUCAUAUUAUGUGGUUGGUAUACCGGUUGGUUCAGUAUUAUGUUUUGUUGCGAAGUUGAGAGGGAGAGGACUUUGGAUUGGUAUACUGAUAGGCAGCUGUUUUCAAACGAUGGUUCUUGCCCUUGUCACUUUUUUCACCAAUUGGGAGCAAGAGGCAACGAAGGCCAGGGAUAGAGUACUUGAGAUGUCACUUAUAGGAAACCAAGAAACAGAAAUCAUAAAAGAGGAUGCGCAAGUUUUACUAAGCGAUAUUUCAGAAAAUGUGUAACUCCAU